AUGAAGGCGAAGUUGAUGGUUGUGGUGGUGGGGAUGGCAUUUGUGGAGGUGGUGGUGGUGGUGGCGGCGGUGGUGGUUAAUGAGGAGGAGGUGAUGUUGGAGGUGGUGGUGGCGGAGGAUGAGGAGGAGGAGGAUGUGGUGGUUGUGGUAGUGGUGGUGGCAGUGGUUGUGGAGGUAGUAAAUGUGGUGGUGCAAGUGGUGGAAUUGGAUGUAAAAGUGGAGGUGGUGUUAUUUUUUUAA